AUGCUGAAGAGAAUUUCAGAAUACGACUACUCUGCUCUCAGCUCGACUGACCGAAUUUGGAUGCUGGCGCGAAAUCCAUACAGCCGUGUGUUGUCCCUUUACCUGCACAAGGUUGUCGGACUCUGCAAAUUUGGCUCCCUAGGCUGCAAGGACCACGCUGAAAGGAUGAAGUUCGCUGGUAUCCUGGGCUACAAUGCUUCUGCGCCUCCAGCAUUUUCGGUGUGGGUGGAUCUCCUUGCACGGGUGAUGGUACGCUUACAGGCUCAUGGAAUCGACCCCUGCAUGGUGGACAAGCACUUCUGCUCGCAAACUUCAGGCUGUGCCUGGCGGCAGGCCAAGGAAGUCAUGGUUCUGAGAUUAGAGGAGCAGUGGAGGUGGUUUGAGCCUUUGGUUGCGUUGUUGAGCUCUACUGGUCUGAGCCCGGACAGCCUCUCCGGGCAUCUCUGGACGCCGUUCACGGGACUGUCUUGCUUCUAUGCACCCACCGGGAACUGCAGCGACUCCAUGACGCGAACUCCGAAACCUCCGCUUGUUGACCACAUACAUGGAACCGGUGCAAGCGAUGCCGUUGGAGAGCAUUACACGCCGCAAGCGGCGUUCUUGAUUCGGCGAAUUUAUGAGAGCGGUUUCAAUCUGCUGGGUUACGAGGAAUCGCCGACUUCGCGCUAG